AUGUGCGGUAUUUUUUUCUCAAUCGGAGCUUCCAAGGCUACACUUCCAAAUGAAGAGACCUGCUGCUUGCUACGGAAGAGAGGACCGGACAACUUCCACAUCCACACAGUUCAGCGAAAUGUGAUCGACAAUCAAUCAACCAGCGGGGCAUCCGCAACUAUCUUCCUUAGCUUCGUUUCGACUGUCUUGUCGAUGAGAGGCGAUCAUCUGGUUUCUCAACCAUUGGUAGAUGCGAAUACCGGGUCUGUGCUCUGUUUCAAUGGUGACGCCUGGAAGAUCAAAGGUGGACAGAUUGAGGGCAAUGAUGUUGAGCCGAUCUUUCGUCUCUUAUUGAAAGCUGUGAACACGCUGAAAACAGACUCAUCAGAACAGCAGAAUCCUACGGAUGUUGUCCAAAGAGUCUUGGAUGUGAUCAGUAGCAUAUCCGGUCCUUUCGCCCUUGUUUUCUACGAUGCGAUCAACGCGAAGGUCUAUUUUACCAGAGACUGUCUGGGCAGACGCUCUCUGCUGCAGGGGGUGGACGAUGAGGGCAGCUUCAAGAUCUGCAGUCUGUGUGAUAGCACAACUACCACUCACUUUAGUGAGGUUGAGACAGAUGGCGUAUAUGUUAUCGAUCUCGAGCAUACUUUUAUGACAUUGAAGCCUGGAGCUGGCGGCAGUACUGCCGUGUUCUCAACUGACAGUAUACGCUCCCUGCUCUGGGAUCAGCACGUAUCUCCCCUUCGCCCAAAAACACCUAUUUCUCCAAUGAACAGAGAUCUCCCCGAAAAACCGACCGCUCCGCCACUGACUACUGAAACGCCAAUCAUUCAAGCCCUGGAGCAAAAGCUCUACCAAUCUUUAGCACUACGAAUCAACAAUGUGCGAGAACCUCCGGUGUCACCAACUGGAAGCAGAGUCAAGGUUGCCGUGCUGUUCUCGGGAGGGCUCGACUGCUCCCUACUGGCUAGAUUAUCCCAUGAAAUCCUUCCUGGAGACGAAACGAUCGAUCUCCUGAAUGUCGCAUUUGAGAAUCCACGUGUCGCCGCUGCAGCUGCCAAACAAGGCGAAGCUACAGGCUCCGUGUAUGAGAGCUGUCCUGAUCGAAUGACGGGUCGAGCAGCAUUCGCGGAGCUCCAGCGGGUCUGCCCGGGUCGGAAUUGGCGCUUUGUUGCCAUUGACAUUCCAUACGUGGAGACCCUCGCGCACCGAGACACCGUGAAGCGACUGAUGAGGCCGCACAACACGGAGAUGGAUCUGUCUAUUGCAUGUGCACUGUACUUUGCCGCUCGCGGACAAGGUCAAGCGUACGAUAGUCAACGGCAAGAAGACAACCAUGAAUUAACUCCAUACACAACUUCCGCACGCGUUCUCCUCUCCGGCCUCGGAGCAGACGAGCUUUUUGCAGGCUACUCCAGACAUGGGGCCGCCUUCUCACGCGACGGAUUCACCGGUCUCAUUGACGAGAUCAACCUCGACGUGAGUCGCCUCGGGAAACGCAACCUGGGCCGCGACAACCGAGUGAUCGCGCACUGGGGCCGCGAAGCGCGCUUCCCCUUUCUGGACGAAGACUUCGUGUCUUGGGUUGUGCAACUCCCCGUCUGGGAGAAAUGCGGAUUUGGAACGACUCCCAGUGAACUCGAAUCAGAAGCAGGGCUCGACUCAGAAAAGAAAGCCCUGCGUCUGGUCGCUUUGCGCCUCGGCAUGAUCAACGUCGCCCGCGAGAAGAAACGCGCUAUUCAAUUCGGAUCUCGCACCGCCAAGAUGGAAAAGGGCAGAGUAAAAGGGACCGAUGCGCUCAGCUGA